GGUUGUUUGUGUGUUUCAGAGCUUCAGUGUCAUGACUGGGGCGUGUGGAGUGAGGGUUCGGUGCAGGUGUAUGACGGGGAGGUGGCGUAUCUCUACUGUCCGCUCUUCUCUCAUCCCACGCUCUACAGCUACAAUCAGACUCAGAACAGCAGACUGUCUCUGCUGUGGUACCGACACACACACACACAGGAGCUGGAGCAGCCCAUCAACCUCAAACUACACACACUGCACAAAGACCGCGAGUACCUGUGGAUUCAGCCGGCUUCGGUGCUGGACGCCGGACUCUACACCUGCAUGCUCCGCAACAUUUCCUCGUGUGUGAAGAUCGGCGUGAAACUGGAGGUGGUUCAGAAGGACGGAGAGUGUGACCCGAGAGCUAAACCUCACCUGAACCUGACCAUACCAUUCCAGAGCGAACGAACCCUCACCUGUCCAGACCUGAACACACUCACGCUGCCCAACAGCACACACUCCGUCAGCUGGUACCAAUCAUGCAGGACUACACUGUUUCGAAGCGACCGGGAGCUGAAAGGAGACGGUCUGGUGAUCUACAGGAUGCUGGAGCCGUACACCGGCCUCUACACGUGUGUGGUUUCGUACCAGAUGAACGGACGCAUGCUCAACUUCACACGCAGCAUUAACGUCACAGCUGUUGUUCCUGACGUGGGCCCUAAAGUUCCCAUCAUUCUGAAUCCCGCGAGAUAACAUAUCCACAUAUGCAUCACUGAACGUCUCCGCAUUGCAGGAAGUACAGUGAAUCUGUCCUGUCGUGUGUAUCUGCCUCACCUGUACGAGGAAAAGCAGAACAUCUGGUGGACUGUCGAUAACAAGACCGUGGAGCAGCUCGCCGACCCGCGAUUCCGCUCACCUGAGGCCACGCUUUUCUCAUAUGAUUACGGUGACGAGAUAAAAGAACGAGUCCUGUAUGUGAUGGAUUUUUCAUCUGACGACCUGCAGAGGGAGUUUAACUGCUCCGCCAGAAACAGCCGCGGGUUUAACACCAGCAGAGCCGUACUCAGAACCGAACCGUACGUCCCGACUCUAGAGCUGGGCUGUGGUUUAGGUGUGACGCUGGCGCUCAUGUUGAUGAUGUUCGUCAUCUAUCACGUGUUCUGGCUCGAGCUGCUGCUGCUCUAUCGCUCGUGGUUCGGCUCAGAUGAGAGAUACACGGAUGAUAAGCAGUAUGACGUGUACAUCUCAUACGCUCGCAACAGUGAGGAGGAGGAGUUCGUUCUGUCCACGCUGCGUCGAGUCCUGGAGGCCGAGUUCGGUUACUCCGUCUGCAUCUUCGACCGGGACAGUCUUCCUGGAGGAAAUCUGAUGGAGUCGGUCCUCCGGUGUAUGCAGGCGUGUCGGCGGCUGCUGGUGGUGCUGAGCUCGGACUGUCUGUGUGAGAAGAGCAUCAGUCUGCUGUAUGGCAAGCCAAAGUAGUCAUAAACGCCUGUUCGGGCGUCUGACCUCAUCACCGUGAGACGGCGCGCGCUCAGCGCCCCCUGCGGCGACAUCGCGGAGCUGCGCAACAACUCCACCUCCGUGCGCUGGCACGGCGCGCGCUCCGAGCGGACGGACUCGCGCUCCUGGAAGCUGCUGCGGCUCGCGCUGCCUCUGCGACCGCUCGCUCUCGGGAAAAGACUCAUCGAUAGCACCUCCUCCCACUCGGACCUGGCGUCCGUGGCCACGCGCUACACGCAAGCGCAGACGGUCUCGCACAGUCGGCGGAGCAAAGGGGGGCGGGGCGGAACGAGGCACCUGGGCGUACGCGACAGAAGUGGGCGGCGCUGUGAGCAAAAGGGGCGGGGCUGUGCAAUCUGCGUGAGUUUUCAGGAAAGUCGUCGAAUUUGGGGCGGAGUUAUCGCUACUCAGUGGAACACACACCUGCAUCAGCCUGUAGCCAAUGGGACGACACCUUACAACAUGCAUAACUCCAACACCGCACCUGGAAACGACCCCGGCAGUGACCCCAGCAGUGACCUGUGCCCCUGUGAACCAAUCAACAACAACCUGACAAAUGAGCUACAAACCACACACUGCUGACACACACUGCUGGACAACCAACCGGCCAAUAUCAUGAAUGAAAUGUGUAGCCUAAAUCACAAUAAUUAUCAGGUAAUAUGUAAAUAACAAACAUUAAUUCAAUAAACCAAGUUAAAAACAUCAGGCUGACCUUUGA